CAUUUCUCUCAUUGAACUAAAAACACUCAAAAUUUCUUUAGUUGCCAAGAAAAGAAAAUUAUAUUAGCCCAACAUUCCAGAGCUCGUAUGCAUUCUACAAAUUCUGCAAAAUGAGGGAUGAAUGGGAAGGUAUAGGCAUCCAAAGUGGGGAGACAUAUGACAGAGUACAUAUGUAACAAUGCAAACUCUGGAAUUUACCUGCUGUAGUUACAUCUGAUAUUAGGAUGCAAAUACAAAAGGCCAGAGCUUGUGUUAUUGCAACAAAGGUUUCAUUAUUUUUUAUCACUACAAUUAUUCUGGAUUAUGGGUCCUGUAUAUACUCUUUAGUUGUAUUCUCUUAUAUAUGCAACAGUAUGACCUUGAUGGUAUAGGGUUUCCUGCCUGAGCAGGAGGUUGGACUAGAUGACCUCCGAGGUCCCUUCCAACUUUAUCAUCAUCAUCACCAUCAUCAUCAUCAUCAUUAUUAUUACCUAGCUAUGCUGCUGAGUAAAAUACUAUACUGUAUUAUUUUACAAAUAUACAUCAGAUGUCUUCAUAUGUAUCAGUAACUUUCUUAAAUUAAUAUUACCUGUAGUCAUGUCAAACAAGGAAGUGAAAGCAGCAUUGAAAAGUGCCAGAGAUGCAAUAAGAAAUAAGGAGUAUAAAGAAGCACUGAAACAUUGCAAGGCAGUAUUGAAACAAGAAAAAAAUAAUUACAAUGCUUGGGUAUUCAUUGGCCUGGCGGCUGCUGAAUUAGAACAACCCGAACAAGCCCAAGGUGCAUAUAAGAAGGCUGCUGAACUUGAUCCUGGGCAGUUGCUGGCAUGGCAGGGAUUGGCAAAUUUGUAUGAAAAAAGGAAUCAUACAGAUGUCAAAGAAGACUGGAUUAAGGUUUAUGAGAAACUACUAGAACUCUAUGAAAACAAUGAUCAACAGAAAUGGUGUGAAGUAUGUAAAAAGCUUGUGGAGCUGUAUCAUAAAGAUAAACAAUAUCUUCAGGUGGCACGAAGUUGGCACAAACUAAUAAAAAUAAGAAGAGAAGAAGGUGCAGACAAUGUUGAACUUCAUCAGCUUUGGAAGAAAUUGGUCCAGUUGCUAGAAGAGGGCAUACAGCUUAAAGAUAAUGAAAUAGAGCAAUUGUUGGAAAUUGACAGUUUGAGUAACUUGACUGAGGAGGCCCUCGGUUGUUGUCAGAAACUUUUGGAUAUUGAUUCAAGAAGUGGUCCAGCUCUGAUCAUUUUAGGGAUUCAGUCCCUCCAAGAAAGAAAUUACAAUGAGGCUGAAAAAAAGCUUACAGAAGGUUUGCAGCAGUCCAAUCAGUGUCCAGUAGGAUGGUGUUACUUAGGGAAGGUGCAAAUGAAAAUGCAUAAAUACCAAGAAGCUGUUCAUUCCUGCAAUCAAGCUUUAAAGAGUCUGGGACAACUUAAUGACCCAAGUUUCAUUCAGCAACAAAAAAAUAUUGCCCAACAUUUCAGAGCAAGAGCCUUCAUUAAAAUUCCAGGUGCUAACUAUGCCGAUGAAGCCAUAUCUUCCCUCAGUCAGAUCUUGGAUAGAAAUAAUGAUCCAAAGCUUAUAGCUCUUAGAGGACAGGCCUAUCUAAAGAAAGAUCUCACUGAUGAAGCUUUGAAGAUUGCACAAGAGCUUCAGUUGGCACAUCCAGACCUGGCAGAAGCCCACUUCCUUGAAGGAUUGAUACAUUAUAGGCAAAAGGAAUAUCAUCAGGCAGAAAUGAGUUUCCAGAGAGCUAUAGCAAAGGAAGCUGAAAUAGCUGAAUUCCAUUUUUGGCUGGGCCUCACUUACUGGUUUAUGAAUGAGGAGACAAGAAAAGAUAAAUCAAAAGCCCUCACUCAAUUUCUGAAGGCAGCAAAACUGGACAAUUUCAUGGGAGAUGCUUUCCAUUAUUUAGGUCAAUAUUACAGAGAUGUAGCUGGAGAUAAAAACAGAGCUCUUGGCUGCUAUAAAAAGGCUUUUGAAAGAGAUAAAACAGAUGGUGUUACUGGAGCAGCAGUAGUGGACUUGAGCACUGAGCUUGGAGACUUGGAAACUGCCCUUGCCAUCUUGACAGAGGUAACAGAACAAGCAAGUGCUGGGAGAGCAAAAUGGGCCUGGCUUCGCCGAGGACUUUAUUAUCUAAAAGUGGGACAACAUUCGCAAGCCGUGGCAGAUUUGCAGGCAGCUCUGCGCGCAGAUCCAAAGGACCCCAAUUGUUGGGAAGCUCUAGGAGAGGCCUAUCUGAGUCGAGGAGGCUACACAACAGCCCUGAAGUCAUUCCGAAAGGCAAGAGAACUCAACCCCAAGUCUAUAUAUAGUAUUUAUAAGGCUGCUGCAAUUGAGCAAAUUCUUGGAAAAUAUAAAGAGGCUAUUGCAGAAUAUCAGCAUAUUUUGGAGAAAUCAAAAGAUUAUGUCCCUGCACUGAAAGGUUUGGGAGAAUGUUAUCUCAUGAUGGCAAAGUCUGUUCUUGCUAACUAUCUGGAUGGGAAAGCUUUGGACUAUGUAGAACAAUCACUUGACUUUUUGGCACGGGCAGCAAAAUACCGUCCAGAAGUAUCCUGCCUUUGGAAGUUGCUUGGAGAUGCCUGUAAUUGUGUAUGUGUUAUUUCACCAUCCAAAGUGAAUGUAAAAGUUUCAGGUUUCCUUAUUGGCCAGAACAUGGAAAAAUGUGUGCUCCAAAAAAGUGAUCUGCUCAGUCUUGGGGGAAGAUGUUAUGGUCGAGGACUGAAACUGAUGUCUUCACCAAAUACAUG